GUGGGGGGAGCUUUCCUCCGCCCCCCGCGCCGGUGGCACUUUGCAGACGAUCCCCGGAGCUGGGCAUGGGCGCCGCCACUGCUCCCGGGGCCGGAGUCCGCGCCGCGCGGGUGGUGCCCCUGAGGCGCCGGGAAGCCAGGGUCCGGCCGAGGCUGCGUCAUGAACGAGCGAAACGGCCGGAGGCGGACAAUGAAGAAGGAUGAGGAGAGCUUUGAGAUCUCCAUCCCAUUCAACGAGACCCCUCCUCUAGAGUCCCCCCAGAUCUUCUACGGCUUGAGUCCGCCCCAGGCAGCUUCGAGGGUGAGACUGAGGGCUGGGGGAGGGGGGCGGAGGGCCCCACGCCGGAGCCUUGCCCUUCUCACCCUCUCUGGGCCCUUCCCCCCAGAGCCCCCGGAGCCCACAUCCCCCACCCUGGCGCUGAUGAAUAGCGUGAAAACCCAGCUGCACAUGGCCUUGGAGCGGAACUCCUGGCUGCAGAAGCGGAUCGAGGACCUGGAGGAAGAGCGGGACUUCCUGCGCUGCCAGCUGGACAAGUUCAUCUCCUCGGCCCGCAUGGACGCAGAGGACCACUGCCGGGGCAAACCCGGCCCCCGGCGGGCAGAGGGCACGGACGGCCGUGGUGGAGGGGAGGCCUCCGACCCGGAGUCAGGGGCCUCCUCCCUCAGCGGCUGCUCGGAGGAGGGGGGCUCUGCCGAGAGGAAGCGCCAGAAGCAGAAGGGGGGCGCUGGCCGCAGGAGAUUUGGGAAGCCCAAGGCCCGGGAGAGGCAGAGGGUGAAGGAUGCCGACGGGGUGCUGUGCCGCUACAAGAAGAUCUUGGGCACUUUUCAGAAGCUGAAGAGCAUGUCAAGGGCCUUUGAGCACCACCGGGUGGACCGCAACACGGUGGCCUUGACCACGCCCAUCGCCGAGCUGCUCAUCGUGGCGCCCGAGAAGCUGGCCGAGGUUGGCGAGUUUGACCCGUCCAAGGAGCGGCUGCUGGAAUACUCCCGCCGCUGUUUCCUGGCGCUGGAUGACGAGACGCUGAAGAAGGUGCAGGCUCUCAAGAAAAGCAAGUUGCUGCUGCCCAUCACGUACCGCUUCAAGCGGUGAUCCCAAUUCCUGUCCCCAGAUUCUCCCAGAGCCAGCUGCCAUCUGUCACCUGCCUUCUGUCCCCUCCGUCCUGCAUCCUCAGCCUCGAGGCUCUUGGGCCUGGAUGCCCAAGGCAGCUGGGGCCUAUCCCCGUCCGUUGGUGGAGAGAUCCCACAUGGACCAUCACGUUUCUCCCGCCUGGACCCACCCCCUCACCCCCCAGCUGUUAGCCUUCAGGUGCUGCCUCCUCUUCCCAUUUGGCUGCUUCAAGCGGCCCCUCCGGCUCCCACUCCAUGACUCUGCUUCCCCUCGAAGCGGGUUUUUCAAGCGACAAUCCUGUUCCCUGUGCUCUUGAGGUGUCCUCCAGAGGCAGCGGCUGGCUCGUGUCCUACGCUCUCACGGGGCUCCUGUCCACCCCUUCUCACCAGGGAACCCCUUAUGGCCCAAAAUGGUUCUUCUGUCCCAGGACCGAUAGGUCAUUUACCACUGUACCUUGCCCGCCCGGGCCCCUUAAUGGUGGCCCUCAAGGAGCCCCACAAAGGCCCAGAUCUUGGGUGGGAUUCUGCCCCUCCCUUUCCUCCCUUCAGCACCCUCUCCCCCAGCAAGGAUGUGUGUGUGUGUGUGUGUGUCCCCGCAUAAGCGGUGCGUUUAUAUGAUGUUCCAGGGGGUGAGGGUGGGUCUUGCUGGCUCCUCUCGGGGAGCCAGUGUAUCUGUAUGUAUAUAUUAUCUUCCAUGCUAUCAGCCUCAGUUUCCCAACCCCGCGGCCCUGGUUUGCGUUCCUUGAUUCCGAAUCGGAUCUCCUCGUCCCAAACGCAAGCUGAGAUGCCAGGGCGUUCUGCAGGGGCUCCCCCAGUGGCCGGGCUCGGGUGCAUUUAGAGUCCCGGCUUCUCCUCACUGCUCUGGCUAGGACUCCACUCUCCUCCCUUCCCUUCCCUAGCCCUGUUUCCUUCUGCGAGACCUUGGAUAAGUCCUUUCCACGCUGGGUCUCCGGGGCUUGGCCUCCCGCUCCCACUCCAAGCGCCCGGGGUGGGGGGGCAGCCCUCGCCCCUUCCCGGGAGGGGGCGGGGACCAAGAAGGGGGGCGCUCCCUCCCCGCAGCUCCCUGGGGCGCCCGGGAUCAACAGAAAUGAAUUAUUCACAGAGUUUAAAUUAAAAGUUAACCAGCAGAUUUGGAAUAA